AUGCCCGCCUUGACAAUUUCCACCGACAACCUCCCAAGCGACAGGCCUCCCUCACCCAACAGGCCACCCGUCUCUCCCCUCACUCCAACGCUGGCUUCCGCGCAGCUCUCCGGGGCUGCUGCAGCCGCCGGCGCCGGCGGUCGCCCGAGUCUCACGCACUCCCAGCCCGACCAGACAGGAGUCCCACCGCCUGCGCCCGUGCCGAUCGCAUUCGACUCCAACCCGGACGUCAUCGCACUCAAGUCUGCUAUAUCGAUCCUUCAGAUCCAACGACAGCGUGCCACCGCCGACAUUCAGGCUCUGAACCGCGCAAAGGAUGAGGCCGUCCAAGACCCUGAGGCCUUUGUGAAGGAUCUCAUAGCGGGAAAGAUCAAUGCGCCGGCCAACGAUGACAGCGAUGAGGAGGAGGAUGAUGGCCAUGACAGCGCGGAUCAGAAACAAGACAAUGCGGGCGAGGGACCCUCCAAGCAGCGCAUUGCCUCUGAGCCGCGGGCAUGGGCGAACCUCCCUCAGCCGCAGAACGUGGUCCGCUGCCCACCCAUCAACUGGUCGCAAUACGCCGUCGUGGGCGACUCUCUAGACAAGCUGCACAACGAGCAGGUUGCGCGCCCGAGCCAGGGAACACCGGCCGUCGUGGGCACCAACGGCAUGUACGAGUUCAAGGGAGAGGGGAAGCAGGAGAGAUACGCAGGUGUCGCUGCGCCUUUUGCCCCCACGCAGGAACGGCUGAGCAAAAAGUCCAAGUCGAAGAGAUGA